CAGGAUGUGCUAAAAACAGCCAAUUAUAUCCAAACACACUUUGGACAUCCUUCUUGAUGACUCUGGCACAGUCGGACCACCGAGCCCACCAACCAGAGCAGGUCUAAAUAUAAAAGACUCUUUGCUUGUGGGCCAGGAGUGGCCCGUACAGCUGCUGAAAGGCUCAAGCCUGGGCAGAGUUUCCCAUGCAGAGCAUCGGCCUUAUCUGCCCCGCUCAGCCUCGCCUCCAGCAUCCUGUGCUCCAGGGAGGAGGGGAGGCGAGGGGAGGGGAGGGGGUGUCACUGCCUCUUGGACAAGGUGGCGCUCUCUGUGUUUGUGUGAAGAUGAAGGCCGCCGCUAAGAGAAGUCCUCCCUGCCCCGGUGAGCAUCUCUGUGCACUCCAAGGUGAUAUAAGCCAGGCCGCGGGCCAGAAGAGUGGCAUGGCCCAAAGAGGACCCUGGGGGGCCAUCCAUCGCUCAGGUCAGCACGUCCAUUACGCCGCCUCCUCCGUGAAGCCUCCACAUGAAAUCAAAGCAGCAGAAGGAAGCCCAGCUCAGUGGGCCGGUCCUUGGGGUACUUUUGUCUCAAAUGUUCAGAGAUUUGCUUUCCUUGAAUAACACAAGCAAACAAUCCAAACAAUCUUUAUUCUGGACUGCAGGCAGACAUGAGCUCACACUAUGAUUGUUCAUUUUCAUCUUCACAAUGCUGUCAUCACUUCAACCUUCUUCUUGCUGGGAGUUUUGCUUGUUCACAUUUCAGCACAAACAGGGUUCCCCUCCAAUCUUGAACACAAAAAUCCCAUUUUGAGGAAAGUGAAAAAGCGCAUCCAUAUUCUAUUUAAUGACAAGGCCACAAUGACUGCAGACGUAUUUCAUGUGAGUGUGAUUGACGUAAAGCAGCUUAAAGACCUUUAGUUUGACCUUAGAAAGACAGUGGGCCUGCUAUGGCGCUCUGUGGAACCCCUCAAACUGUCACUGCACUUCCUGGCAAUUCUCACAUUAAUUAUCAUCAUACAAUAUAUUCCAAAAAAGUAAAAAAUAGAGUUAUUGAUGGACAGUUAUGUAUUUUUCACCUAUGUAUUCAUAUUUUAUUGUAAAUACUGUAUGAUACCAUUGCUUUCCACUCUUUGAAAUGACUAGUUUUGAUUUAAGCAGGUUUUUAGUUAAAAACUUUUUUUUUGUUUUGAUAUUUGAAGUGAAUACAUGGCCACACCAAUACGGGUAUUUUAAAGAACAUUUCCAAUCUGCAGCUUCUUUAUUGGCCCCUAGUGUAUUGUAAAAGUAAAUAAAUUCAUAUAUUAGAUUUGACUAGGUAUAUAACAAUAUUUCAUAUCAUGAUUAUUGACCAAAAUUAGCACGAUAUUGUUGAAUGGCCAAGUACAACUUUGCAAACUGCGCAUGCGUACCCUCUUGUGAACGCUUGCUGCCUAUGCAGCUCGAAAGGACACGCACGUGACCGUGCAAUGCAUUGUGGGCUGCACGCGCCAUUUUUGAGAACAAGAGCUUUUGUUUACAUCAGAGUUGGUGCUUUGCGAGAGAGAUACACAACGUAACUGAUGCUGCUUCUCCAGGAAAUGAGCAAUGUCGCUGGUCCGUGAGUUAAUGAAACAGCCGGCAGCCAUUUGUGGAGCAUCCAGAGAUGAGUCCUUACGUGUUGUACAUGAAGGAGAAGCAGCCGCUGGUCAUCCCCUGCAGGGUCACCCAUCCCAACAUCACCAGCAGCCUGGUCAAGUUCCCCAACCAAAGCCUGAGUCCAGACCAGAGGAACAUCAUGUGGAGCAGCAAGACAGGCUUCACCAUCCGCAGUCCCACCUUCUACUACAUCGGCCUCUUCUUCUGUCAGAGCGUCAUGGACGGCGUCACGCACAAGUCCCGCAUUUACUUUGUCCACAGACCAGUGAGUGAAAUCAUGGAAGUGUAUCUGAACAGCAGUGAUCCUGUGCAGGCCUUGAAGGGCGAGAGGUUGGUUCUGAACUGCACCGCCACUGGAGAACUCAACACCAGGGUCAACAUCACCUGGGACUACCCUGGAAAGAGCAGCAACAGUGGCUCCACCUCCAAGCGCCUCCUGAAGCACAGAACCCACAUGCUGUUCUACAGCAUCCUCACCAUCCCCAAACUCCAGCGCUCCGACCGCGGCCUCUACACCUGCCGCGUCAGCAGCGGCGACAACGCCAAACAGCAGAAAGUCACCGUGACCGUCUACGAUCGUCCAUUCAUCCGCUUGAAGGCCAGACGAGGACCCGUAAUGGAGGCUCAAGCGGGACAGAAAUCGUACCGGAUUUCGCCCAAACUGCGAGCCUUCCCGGCCCCUGAGGUCAUCUGGUUGAAGGAUGGCAUGGUGGCAGCAGAGCAAUGCUCCAGGUACCACAUAGACGGAAGCUCUCUGGUCAUCAGGGACGUGGCAGAGGAGGACGCUGGCAAAUAUACCGUCCUUGUGCGCAUCCAGGAACACGGACUCUACCACAACCUCACGCUGACACUCGUGGUUAACGUGAGUCCUCAGAUAGGUGAGAAAGCCGUCUCGUCGCAGGACCCGGGUUCUGUGCCCCGGGGGAGCAGACAGUCUCUACACUGUACGUCCCACGGUGUCCCCCCUCCUCACAUCCAGUGGUUCUGGCACCCCUGCCCCCCCAAAGGCCUGUGUGCGGGUCCAACAUCCUCCUCCUUGUGGACUCAUGUGACGGCGGAGAGCGUUCCCGCCACGCACAACCACAUCCUGAGCGUGACGCUCAGACAGGAAGUGCUUCAGGGAAAGAAGAAGAGUGUUGGGGUUCUGACGGUGGGCCAGGCUCUUGUGUCGGGGGUCUUUCGCUGUGUUGCCUCCAACGCUGCAGGUGUGGACCAACUAGACGUUGGCUUCUACGUCACAGACGUCCCAGGAGGCUUUGGCGUGAGCCUGGGUGAAGAACCCACUGAGGGCGGAGACCUCCACCUCACCUGUCGAGCCAACAAGCACCUGUACACCGCCCUGUCAUGGCGGAGGCUGGACCACACCCACGGCUCCAGCAGGGGUGCCUCCCUGCACACUCACCUCACCACGGGGGACUUCUCCCUCUCGCUGCUGCUGUUGCUAAGCAACCUGAGCGCCGAGGACUCCGGGGCAUAUGGCUGCUCAGCCCACAACCUUGUCACAGGACUAGAGACACACCUGGUUACACAGGUGAAGGUCUCAGUCUUGGAGCCUCCAGUGUUGCGUAACAAUUUAACAGAUUGCACCGUCAACAUCAGCAGCUCAGUGACCCUCCACUGUCCCAGCGAGGGCGUCCCGCGUCCGACCGUCACAUGGUACAAGAACCAACGCGCCCUGCUGGCAGGAUCAGGGAUUGUGAUGUCAGCAGAGGAAGGUUCCCUCCACAUUGAGCGCAUCACAGUGGAGGACCAGGGUCUGUACACCUGCCAGGCCACCAAUCAGAGAGGAGCUGCACAGAGCUCCGCCUACAUUUGGGUCAAUAAUGCAUCGGAGGCAUCCUCCAUGGAAAUACCCACACUAGCCUGCACCUGUGUGGUGGCGACUUUCCUCUGGCUUCUCCUGACCCUGCUGAUCCGAAAACUCAGACAGCCCAACGACUCCCACAGCAAAGCAGGGUACCUGUCCAUCAUCGUGGACGCAGGAGGCGGUCCACUGGAGGAGGGCAUGGGGGACAGACUCCACUAUGACCCCAACCAAUGGGAGUUCCCUCGAGAGUGCCUCAAAUUAGGCAAGAAUCUGGGCCGUGGCGCCUUCGGGAAGGUGGUGCAGGCGUCUGCCUUUGGGAUAGACAACGCCUUUGACUGCAGGACAGUGGCAGUGAAGAUGCUCAAAGAGGGCGCCACAGUCAGCGAGCACAACGCCCUGAUGACAGAGCUGAAAAUUCUCAACUACAUCGGACACCAUCUCAAUGUUGUCAACCUGCUGGGAGCCUGCACCGAGCCUGGAGGCCCACUCAUGGUCAUCGUUGAGUUCUGUCGCUAUGGAAACCUCUCGAGCUUCCUGAAGAGCAAGCGAGAGGUGUUUGUGCACAACAGGGGGGGACAAAGAAAGGGCAGAGAAAAAAGUUGUGAUAUGCAGACAGGCUCAGACUUGGAUGACACUUUGUUCCUGGAGGACCUCAUCUCCUUCAGCUUCCAGGUGGCAAGAGGGAUGGACUUCCUGGCCUUUCGAAAGUGUAUUCAUCGAGACCUGGCAGCCCGCAACGUCCUCCUGGCAGACAACCAAGUGGUGAAGAUCUGCGACUUUGGACUGGCCAGAGACAUCUACAAAGACCCCGACUACGUCCGCAAGGGAGACGCCCGCCUUCCUCUUAAGUGGAUGUCUCCAGAGUCCAUUUUUGACAAAGUGUUCACCACUCAAAGUGACGUCUGGUCCUUUGGUGUUCUCCUCUGGGAGAUCUUCUCUUUGGGAGCGUCCCCGUACCCCGGUCUCCACAUCGACGAGGAGUUCUGCCACAGACUGAAGGCAGGAACCAGGAUGAGAGCGCCGGAGUACAGCACGGCUGACAUUUACAGUACCAUGCUGGCGUGCUGGGAGGCCGAGCCUAGCGAGCGACCCUCCUUCUCCCAGCUGGUGGAGACCCUGGGGGACCUGCUACAGUCCAUGGGGCAGCAGGAGGGGAAGGACGACAUUCCUCUGGGAUCACUUGUGAAACCUGAAAACUCCUCAGAAAAACCCCUUGCUGUCACUAACUUCAGUUACAUGCGGGCCGUGGCCACACUGCACACCUUUGAGGUUCCUUUUGGGGGCGACGGUGGUCAUGGAUCUGAGGAGGAGCAGAGCGACAGCGGCAUGGUGCUUCCAUCAGAGGAGCUCAAGCAUCUGACAGGGAACGACGAGAAGACCAAAAAACUCAGCAGUAAACGUCCAGACAAGGACAGACCACAUCUCCACGGCAACGAGACGCCCAUCCAUCUAUGCAACCGGGGUUCCGACGACGGGAGCUCCCUGCCUCCCGCCUACAGCGCUGCCUUCCUCUACCCCUCCCUCUAAGAUCUUCGUCACUCUUUCGAUCAGUACGUAGAAUGUAUUUACUCAUCUGUCACAAUUAGAGCUUCUUAUUGUCGUAUUGGUACCUCGUAUUACAGAUGCUGAACUUUGUCAUCGGGAAGAGCUGUUCCUAUUAUAACGACAUUAUUAUAUGUUGGAAAAGGUUAAGGCACCGUGCGUGUGUGUGUGUGUGUGUGUGUAACAAGGGACUCAUGUCACGUGACAUACGUUAUUAUCAACUAUUUUCAGAACAUUCAGUAACUUUUUAAUUUUAUACUAAUUGUAGGGCAAAUUAUGUAGAAAAUGUACUUUUUGCAGCAAAUCCUAGUAAAUUCUCUGCAGAACAAAGUUGAGGUUUUUUUUGUUUAGUACUUUUUGGGGUGGAGGGGUUUUGCAUAUUUAUGUGACUUGAUCCCUUUUCAUGCUGUAUGAUGACGGGGUGACUAGUCGUGGUUUAUGUUCAUGCUGUCAUCUGUCAAAUGUGCAUGUUCUACAUUCAUGUACAAACUUGAGAUAUUUUUGUCAGUAAAUGAUGUGUAAGUUUAUGAAGGUAAAAAUGUAUUAGUUUUGGUAUUCUUUAUUAAAAUACUGCUGUACACACAAAUAUUGCAAAGUUUGAGACAAUGAACACAAGAGGGGCAAGAAGGUACUAAGAUGGUGUGUGGUUGAUUACUGGAGUGUGUGUGUGUUAGCAUGUGGCUGGUCAAGUAAUGCUGUGUGUGGGGGGGCGAGGGG